CCGCCCAGCUCCGAGCGGGGGCGGAGCCCGGCCUUGCUCCUCUCUCGGCCGGAGACAGGCUGUAGUAGGCUUGGGCUCAGCGCCCCUCACUGCGCAGGCGCGCGGACCCCAGACAUGCGGCUGCACCGCGCAGGCGCAGGCAAUAUGGCGGCGCCCGUGGACCUGGAGCUGAAGAAGGCUUUUACUGAGCUGCAGGCCAAGGUCAUUGACACUCAGCAGAAGGUGAAGCUGGCAGAUAUGCAGAUAGAACAGUUGAACAGGACAAAAAAGCACGCGCACCUCACGGACACUGAGAUUAUGACGCUGGUGGACGAGACACGCAUGUAUGAAGGUGUAGGAAGAAUGUUUAUCCUUCAAUCGAAGGGAAUGAUUCACAGUCAGCUCUUAGAAAAACAGAGAACAGCAGAAGAGAAAAUUAAGGAAUUAGAGCAGAAGAAGUCAUACCUAGAACGGAGCGUGAAGGAAGCUGAGGAUAACAUCCGAGAAAUGCUGAUGGCCAGGAGAGCGCAGUAGGUGUGUGGUUCCUGCAAGGCCUUAGGCGAACUGGUUCAUGUUGCUGAUGUCUGAACUGAUUAGACAAGCACUUCCAGAAGUGACACCCAACUGUCCUGUUCACUGCUGGCCGGAGGAGCUUGUGUUUGACUGUGCUGAAUAUUGUGUUCUCACAUUUUCUGUAAUUGGAUGUUUUAAUAAACUCUGCCUGAAGAGAUUGCUGUAUUAA